AUGCUCCUCGAAAUAGGAAAUAUUAACAACGUGACAGCAUCCUCACCACCGCCACAACAUGCGUCGCCCGUGACGGCCUCCUCUGGUACUCGUAUCAGCGUGGGCACUACAAAGUCUACUAGGCCAAGCGGCAAGGUCCUCUCCAAUUCAUCGGGCAGGACUCUCAGGCCAACUGGAAAAGUUUCGUCCAGCAAGACUCUUAAUUCAACCGGAAAAGCUUUGUCCAGCAAGGCUCCUAAGGGAACAUCAGCCAAGGUUGUCAAGCCCAAAUUUACUGGUACUGCUGGCGACCCCAUCGUCACCACAGUUUUGUACCCCAACAUCACCCAGUACGAUCCCAAGGUUACUGGUACUGCUGGCAAACCCAUCGUCACCACAGUUUUGUACCCCAACAUCACCCAGUACGAUCCCAGGAUUUACAAAUAUACUACCAUACCCACUAUCAUCACCACCACCUACUGCCCCACUACCUCUCGAGUCGAGACUGUCGGCGGAAAAGCACAGACCUUCCAAAUCACUCUUAAUCCUGAGACUACCACAUACAGCACCAACGCGGUUGUGCCCGUGUUGUCAACUAAGGCAACUCCCGUUCUCCAAUCACCAAUUGUACAAACACCGGUUGUCCUAAACCCCGUGGUUCAGACACCAGCCGUGCAGACCCCAGUUGUGCAGACACCAGUGGUGUCAGCACAAACCUUCGUUUCAACUUGUCCUGCAGCACCUGGCCAGAGCUCAAGCGUGGCAACCUUCGUCUCAAUCCAAGGUGUUGCCACUGCCGUGGCCAUUGCGUCUGAGCAGGCAGUCAGGUCUCAGGUGAUCCAGCAGAUCAGUCAGGUUGCUCAGUCUUCACAACUAAUCCAGCAAGCCGCCACGGCGGUAUCACCUGCUCAAUCCUCAGCGCUCGUCCAACAGGCUGCUACUGUGGUUUCCGAGCAAGUUGCUCAAUCUGCAGAGUUCAUACAGUCAGCUGCCAGCGUGAUUGUUGCACAAUCGCAGCAAACAUCCACCUCCGUCUCUCAGGAAGCUACUCAGUCUGAGCAGGAACAGCAAUCGCAGCAGCAACAGCAAUCUCAAGAGCAAGAGCAGUCCCAGGAACAGCAACAAUCUUCAGUGCAGCAACAGUCUUCAGUGCAGCAACAAACUCAAGGGCAGCAGCAAUCUCAAGGGGAGCAGCAAUCCCAAGGGCAACAGCAGUCACAAGGGCAACAGCAAUCCCAGGAGGCCGCUCAAUCCCAGGAGGCCGCUCAAUCCCAAGAGGCCGCUCAAUCCCAAGAGGCCGCUCAAUCCCAAGAGGCUUCUCAAACCCAAGAGGCUUCUCAAUCUGAGGGUUCCCCUGCGGCUGAGACCACUCAAGCCCAGGAGGCCUCGGCUAUUGAGACCUCUCAAGCUGAGGAGGCCUCCGCUGCUGAGACCUCUAAUGAAGCUGCUGGCUCAGAGACUCCUCUUGCUUUCACCGGUGCCGCCACCAAGGGUGCCGCCAGCAUCUUCGCUGCCGGCGCUGCUGGUCUUAUUGCUGUCCUCUUUGCUUAA